CAUGCAAUACGGUCGAGCGGAGACUUCCUGGACUGGCGUUAUGCCGCUCUCCACCUCUCUUCCUCCUCCUCGUUCUCUCCGCCCCAGCUACCUAAUCCCUUCUCAUCACUGAGGAUUCCACUUCGAGCUAUCUCUCUUCCACUGUUUUCCUCUGCUUUUUCGCCUGCCUGUGCUCUUCCUAUGGAGCCACAUGAAUCUCAUAGCCAUCUACCUGAUCCCCUGGUCAACACAGAGAAUUUCAAUCCAGAUCCUGGGAUUGAAAUCAACAUGCAAGGUCUCUCCAUUCAAGAUCCUCAAGUUAUUCACAUCCAGGCCCAUCACCAUCCUUCAGAUCAUAGCAAAGAAAAAGGCAACGAUGCAGCAUACAACAUCUUGAUGAAGCUGGCGGUCACUGGAGGGCAGCCAAGAACUCUCUCGCUUAACGUGGUUCAGCAGUCCAUGGCAAGAGCAUGGAGGGAUAAUUAUCAGGGUAUCUCCCAACUUUCAAGGUACAUAUUUGUGGCUCACUUUCAGUCCUUGCAAUCUGCUAUGUUUGUUUUCACGAGGCAGCCCUGGAGUAUGGGACCUGAUAAUUUCUUGGUUGAGUUCAUGGAUCCAAAAGAUAACAGCAAGGAUAUUCAUGAUUAUAAGUUUGACACCAUCUUUGUUACUGUCCGUAUAUAUGGUGUUCCUGAUUGAUUCCGCUCUCAAGAACUUCUGAGUAAGAUUCUGACUUCUUUGGGCCAAGUUUCAGAGUUUCAUCCUUUUAUUCAGGCCAUGCUCUUUGCUAAACCUGAUUACAUGUGGGGAAUUAUUAAGCUGUCUGUGGUCAGUUCUGUUAGAGACAAGAUUUGGAUAUCUUUCGAUGAAAGAUUUGCUACUUGGGUUUAUUUGUUCUAUGAAAAGAUUGGCAGAAUUUGUACUUUUUGUGGUCAGCUAUUUCAUAGUGUGCAGCACUGUGAUACAAGGAAUAAUUUGUUGAUUUCUAGACAAAGGUUGAAGAUUCAGCUUGAUCAAAUCCCUGCUGCUAGAUUUGGUCAGUGGAUGAACAAGGUUGAACUCAUUCCGCUUGCAAAUUCAGAAGUUUUGCCUCAAAGUUCAGAUCCUGCUUUCUCCACUUUUUCCAAUCCUCAGCUCAUCAGAUUGCAGAAGCAGACUCAACAUGAUUCCUCAGAAAAGGAUAAAUUUCAAAAUGUCUCCUUGCAAAUUCAGAGCAACAAUCACCCAGGUUCCUCUGCAAAGCAAAAUCAAGGACAGAAACAAUUUCUUGCUAAUCGAUCUCAUGACCAUGACAGUAUUGUUCAUGCCUCAGGCGGUGCCCAAUUGAUUUCAGUCGUAGUUGCUGCACCUAACGCAGUUAUUGCUGACACAGACAUAAGGCGGUGCAUUUAUGCAGGAGACAAAGUGAUUGAUAGUACUGACACCCCAAUUCAGGUGGAUGUCUCCAGGACCGCUCCGGUUCAUGCGGGGAAAAUAAAACAGUCCGGCCCACUGACUACUUCAGCUUUGGACUUUCAGUCGGCACCACCUUCAACCCUGCAUACCUUUCGUCAGGAUGAACCUGCAAACCCCAUUUCUUCCCCAAAUCUGCUCAGUCUGCCUGCACUCUCUGCUCCUCUCACUUCUCAGAAUCCAGUAAUGCCUACUCCCUCUGCCACCAUGGAGAACAUUUUUCCAAGGGGAAGAGACAGCACUAGUCUUUUCCAUAGACUUGGCUCCUCCACAUCUCAUUCAUGGCGCAGGCUCCCUUCUCCUCCAAGUCUCGCUCCCAAAAGAACCGUUGAAGACAUUCCAGAUCCUCCUUUGCCACCAACAAAGAGACUAGAGUUGACCAAUCUUCCUGAUGCAGAUCCUUCCACUCAAGAAACCCCAGCGGCAGGCGGAGCUCCUUCGGGCUCAUUCAGAGUCCCCUUUUCGGCGUCGCUCGAUCCCCAUGCUGGGUCGAGCCUUCUCGGAGCUCCUCCACCCGGGCUCGCACCUCUUGCCCAUGCCACAACUGCUCGAGCCGGUUCCUCCCUCGCUUACCGAUCUGAGGAAGCAGCAGUUGGUGGUGCCCGCGCCGCCAAUUCCCCCGCCCGUCCAGACUCAGGGUCUCAACUUGCCAGAAAUCCAUCGGUCAACAGGAGCAGCCAUCGAUCUACAACUUCAAGAUGGGAUAUUCCCCCAACUGGGAGAUCUGGAGGUAUGCGUACCUCUGUCAAAUACUUUCCUCGCCGUUGCUAUGGUUCUACCUCUUGGCACCGCGAGACUGUUUCCAAUCCGAUGGCUAGUAGCGGUAUGUUGUACGAAAGCAGCAACAAAUUUGUGGCAAACUUGGAUGUCAGGCCCACAGCUAAGCAAAGCAAACUCACUGAGGAUCAGCGCAGAGAAGCGGCAGCUAGCUAUGAUCCAUGGCCAAUUCAGACGCCUUCAAACUCGCCUAGUUGAGAUGCUGAUAGCUCUUACAAGGGCCCUAUCUCUCCUCCUAGACAUGAUCGCUUCCAGUACAUGGGUGUGGAUGCUUGUCAUAGCCCAUAUGGCACCACAGGGCAAGGCGCAGUGGAAAAUCAAGAUAACAUUAGCUCCUCUCGCCAAGAUGUUCCAAUGGAUGUUCUCAUUACUCACCAGACAGAUCACAAUGCGACUGCCAACAUGGAGAUUUCAAAUCAAGGAGAGGAUGGCAUGGAUUACUCAGCUUCUUGGGCAGCGGCGCAUGGCCCUAACACGCCUGUUGCGUCAUGAAAGCAAUUGCUUGGAACUGUCGAGGUAUGGGCAGGGGCCUUGGCAGUGAAAGAAUGUCUUACCUUGCUAACUUGAUGCGGUCUACUCAUGCUCAGACGUACUGCAGGGGGUCUUUGGCUUAUGUGGAACGAUGAGCUCAAAGUCACUGUCCAUAGUUCUUCCUUCCACUAUAUAUUAGCGAAUGUUAUCCAUGUAGCCUCUGGGGUCAAUUUUUGCUUGAUCUGUAUAUAUGGUGACCCAUACCAUAAGCAGACUAAGGUCAUCUGGGACCAGGUUGCUGCAUUUGUUUAUGAUAACUUAGGUAAACCCGUGGUUUGUAUGGGUGACUUGAAUGACAUCUUGUAUGAUAUCGAUGGGUGCAAUGGUAAUAUCAACUACUAUCGUAUGCA